AACACAUUAAAGUGUCUAAGAAACAUAUUUAAUUUGGGGCAAAAACGUUAACAAAUAAUAAUAUAUAAUAAUAAGUUUAAAUUAAAAUGUUUUGGAGGAGAAACAAUGCGGUCUCUUUUGGCCUAUUCAUUUGGCUUGUAAUAAACAUAAUUUCACCAAUAUGUUGCGAUGACAAUGUCACCCCAACGACAACAACAAAACCAACCACAGUGAAACCCAUUAUAAAUGUUAAUAAUAGUACAUUAUGUAAAAAAUGCACUUGUAGCAUUGACCAGAAAUUUAUGGAUUGCACGGAGAAACUCGAUGGAUGGUUUACGGAAGACGAAUGGAAUAUAUUAGUUAAUGGUGACAUUGUCUUUGAGACCAUAAAAUUGGAACACAUUAAUUUGACCAACAUUCCGAUUUUACCAAAAUAUGGCGUAAAAAAUCUUUAUUUGGGACACAAUCAAAUCGAUUCGAUUGUCGAUGGAGCAUUUUCCAAUUUAACCGAACUGACGACUCUCGACUUGUCGAACAACAAAUUGAACGCUAAAAUGUUGAAACCGGACGUUUUUCAAGGACCAUACACAACAAACGAUUUCGAGGCUUUGGAGAAUUUGAAAUCUUUAAAUUUGGGUUACAAUGAAUUGCAUACACUGGAUGAUGAUAUAUUCGAACAUGCUCCAAAUCUGGAAGAGCUUAUUCUAUGCGCAAAUGCUUUUCAAGUGAUCGAUAUGCAAACGGAAACAGCAAUUUCCGGACUUCAAUAUCUCAAGAUUUUGGAUUUAUCGUAUAUGGAAAUUAAAACAUUACCCAAGACAAUUCUCCAUGGACCCCAGGAACUGGAAACUUUCAUAGCAGCUGGUAAUUUAUUCACCAAAUUGCCAGAAGGAUUAGAACAUGCUGAAAAUUUGGAACGUCUUGUUUUGAAUGAAAAUCCCAUUGGUAAUUUGGAAGGCGACAAUGUGUUUCCGGAGUUGCCCAAAUUGAAAUUCCUUAGCCUUGCCUAUAUGGAAGAUAUCAAACGUAUUGGUGCUGGCGCUUUCAGCCAAUUGCAGAAUCUUACCGAACUAAUUUUGAGUGAUAACAAAUUUCUGGAAGAGAUCGAUGAACAGGCAUUCGCCAAGAACAUAACUGGCGGACAAUAUUUGGAUUAUGCACCCUUGGAUAAGCUUUACCUAAAUAAUUGCAACUUGACCAAAUUGUCAAGGGAACUAAUUCAACGUUGGGAUAAGCUAACCGCAAUUGAUUUGCGCUAUAAUCCAUGGACUUGCGAUUCAUCCAAUACCCACAUAAUCAACACUUUGAUUCCACAAAUUGUAAAGGCAACGCCAUUGUUGGCCAAAAAUGUGCAAUGUGACUCACCAGCCAGUUUGAAGGAAAUGGAGCUAGUACAAGUUCACAACGAUCAUCUGGUUGAGAAUGCGGAGCAAGGAAGUCUCGUCUGGAUAGGACUUCUUGUGUUCGUUCUGAUUGCCAUACCCAUUAGUUUGGGAGGAUUUAUGUUGUACAGACGUGGCUGCUUUGGUUUAACCAGACGCAAGGAUAGAGCUGCCAGCCGUGCUCUAUACAAUCGAGCAAGUUUUAAUGAAGAUUUUCACAUUUAAGAGGUGAAAAAAUAAAUUAAAAUUAUGUGGUCGUGGGGUUUUUUUAAAGAGUAAACAUGUCCAAAGAAUGUAAUUAAAAGUUAAUUAAUCAAAUUUUUUUCAUAAAUAAAAAAAAAUGUUUAAGUUUUGGUCGAAACUUUUACUUAAAUCAAUAAACAAUCAA